AUGCCAUCAAUAUCUGCCCUCUCACCUCAUUACUAUAAAUCAUUUCGUCCUUUGAAAAAUGACGAUAAGGAUUUGAAAUUUUGUGACAAUGGACAUUCUACUUCCACAUGUUACAUAGAUGCACAGCAAUCUACAGAGUCCCUCUUCCGCUUACUUUUGCAAAGUCAGACCGCAUAUGCUCAAUACGUGAAACUGAUAACGUUGUUUAUAUUUGCUGUUAUCCAUGUUAUAUACAUGGUACCAUUCCUGAGUAUUUUUGCUGCUGUGGCUUCUAAUAUUGAUGUGACUUCUAACACUGAGUCGUUUCAUUUCCGACAUUUUGUUGAGACUCUUACCGAUUAUAACGAAAACAUGUGGAUAAUUGUGAGUAGUAUGUGUGUUGCGCUGUCCACUUCAUGCUUCAUCCUUAUGCCGAAUACUUCGUCGAGAAAGAUUGCUUAUGACAUUAUACGAGGAAUCGAUUUUCUGACUUUUGGUACUUUACCAUUUUUCCUGGUUGCUAGACUGAUACUGUUGAACAGCAUCUUUGAACAGUUACCCAUCGUGAUUCGUGAAAUUCAAUUAACACAAUAUUCGAAGCAGUUGAGUGCCGCGCUUCACUGCUCGUUUAUACCUGUCAAAGAGGUUCCAUUAUGCGAUCAAGUUAUACGAAAUGUGCUUUUCCCGGCAUAUAUAAUCAAAUUUCUCACUAUCUUAGCUAUUUUGACAGUUGCUUACAUGCUACUGGCUUAUUUAAUCGAAUGGUGUCUGAAACAUUGGUUUCCACCUCAGUGCAAUCAUUCCAAACACGCGUCUAUCUACGCACCAAUCGCCAUGGUUGUUUAA